AUGAAUCAGACGACGUUCGAGUUCGGUUCGACGACACCAUCGACGGCGACGUCGACGACGUCGUCGUCGCAACCAGACGCUAAUGAUCAUCUCCAGAGGCUCGCCGCGAUGACGCAAGGCGUCGGCAAAGAGGACGUCGAAUCGUCGUCGACACCAUCGGCCGAGACGACGCUCUACCCCGCGUACAUGCAGGGCUACAGUUGGCCCAACUAUUACGGUCAGUUCGGCCAACCAUUGGGUCCGGCGGCGUUUCCGACGUGGCCGAAUUGCUAUCCGAACGCGGCGUGGCCGAACUACGCGGCGUCGAAAAAAGGCCGCCAAACGUAUCAGCGCUAUCAGACGUCGGUGCUCGAGGCGAAAUUCCAGCAGUCGUCGUACGUGUCGAAGAAGCAGCGCGAAGAGUUGCGCCUUCAGACGCAGCUCACCGAUCGGCAGAUCAAAAUCUGGUUCCAGAAUCGGCGGAUGAAGGCGAAGAAGGAGAAGCAGCGCGUCGAUGAGCACAACGAGCACACGCCGCUGCUGCCGGCGAAUCCGCCGAAGUCGACGCUCGACGACGAUGAGAAGAAGUGGCAAAUGGCGGCGGCGGCGGCGGCGGCGUCGCACUGGCCGACGGCGCCCCAUCCCUAUCAGUACCCGCUGUGCCCGCCGUGA